AUGGAUGAAACAAUGAUUCUUAUGAAACAAAAAUUUUACGAAUCAAUUGAAAAACGUGAGUACAAAAAUAAUAGUGCUAUUUUAUCUAGUGAAAAAUAUUUAAAUUUGAUAUCUGACGUCAAAAAUAUGAAAAUUAAAAAAACUCAAACCCGUGAUUAUUGGCUUGCGAAACAUUAUGAUUUAAUAACAAUAAAUGGCGUCGAAACAUUAAUUUACCCAUUUAAUGAAAACAAUCCUAAUUUCAAAAUAUACGUUAUGAUAGACGAUAUGUUUGACAUUUAA